AUGCUGUCCUCCAUCCUCACCUAUCUACCGCCACUGGUACUAGCUAUAUUCGAAGCUCGACGCGGGUCGCAGCAGACGUUCUUCAAGUUCACCCAGUCAGGAGCUUGGGUCGAGAACUUGGCCGUACGCUCCAACGGCGACCUUCUGGUCACCCGUUUCGAUGCACCUGAGCUAUGGAGCAUCAACACAUCGACCAAGGAGGCAACCAAGGUCGUCGCGUUUGACGGCGACCUACAGACUUCCGGGAUCACAGAAAUAGCCGACGACGUAUUCGCCGUGAUAACGGGGAAUUUCUCGAUGGCCACCGGCACCACGGUCGGGUCAUGGGGUGUCCAGAAGGUGGACUUCACGACCGGCAGCAACACACCGGAGGUAUCUACCAUCAAGACGAUGCCCGAGGCAGAGUUCCUGAACGGCCUCACGGUACUCGACGAAGACACCCUCCUAGUCGGCGACAUGCAACGAGGCCUAAUCUACAGGCUCACCAUCUCGACGGGGGAGUACGGCAUCGCGGUCCAGGACGCAAGCAUGGCCCCUGUUGCCGACGCGCCCAUCGCGGCCGGCGUCGACGGGCUGCGAUACCACGACGGCUUCGUGUACUUCACCAACAUAUUCGGCAAGACGCUCAACAGGAUCCCCCUCGACACCACCGACAAGGCGACGGCGGGUGUUGUGGGAAGCGUCUGGGGCCUUGCCGAAUACUCAUUGGGCGCCAUCGAGAACAUCUGGCAGGGCACAUCGGCGGACGACCUCACGUUCGGCGCUGAUGGUAGCAUGUACGUUGCUACGAACUCGGACAACGGCGUCGUAAGGAUCACUGCGGAUGGGAAGAGGAAAGAGAUUGCCUCCGUGACUGGCAGUACGUCUUGUGUGUUUGGCCGGACCGAGGCGGACAGGGAUGUGCUCUAUGUUGCAGGCAGCGAUGGGGCUAUCACCUCCAUUCGCAUUUCGAGCUGA